UUAAACUAUUUUAGGAAAAUAAAAGUUGAAAAAAUAAGAAACAAUAAACAAAACUUUAUUCCAUUCACUUUAGGAAACUACAAUACGAAGCCAACUUUCCAACACUUUCUUUUCUAUUUUGUUGACCACCCCAGAAUUUAGUUCCAUGUUUGGUAUGGCAUUGAAUUAUUACCCAACAAAUUUGUUUUUCUUGUUAUAGAAAAAAGAAGAAGAGAAAUUUCUCAUCUUUUCUUCCCUGAAAUCUUUGUGCAAAAAAAUGUUCAUAAUCUUCAAUAAUAACCAAACAACAAGGGUAACUUAAUUAGUGAGAAGAAGAGAGGACGAGUAACAACUAACAGGAACAAGAAGAAGAAGAAGGAAAUAGUGCUAUAUUUGAUUGAUCAUGGUAGAAGAAGAUUUUGUUAAAUUGGUUCAUCAUAGUUGCAUAAUUCAGCUUUCAUUCAUCAUUUUGCUUAUAUUUUCAGGCACAAUCUCCAAGGCAGAUGCUCUGACACAAGAAGAGGAAAGGGACAAAGAUGUGUUACUAAAUUUGAAGUCAUUUUUGGAAGAAAAAAAUAAGAUGCACAGAGGAAGAUACACACAAUGGAAUGAUCAAAGCUCAAACCAUUGCAACUGGCCUGGUGUUUCAUGUGAUCUUGACACGGGCAGAGUCACCGGAAUUGAUCUCUCCAAGAGCAGCCUCAAUGGUGAGGUAGCAGGGAACUUCUCAGUAUUGUCAGAACUCAGGUCACUUAAUUUAUCUGGGAAUACCUUAAGUUUUAUUCCUAGUGAUUUGAGUGGGUGUAAAAACCUUAAAUACCUCAACUUGUCACAUAAUACAAUAGGUGGGCAGCUGAACUUAUCUGGGUUGAGCAGUUUGGAGGUAUUGGAUUUAUCAUUGAACAAAUUCGAGGGCGAUAUUCGGGCUAGUUUCCCUGCAAUCUGCAGCAAUUUGAGGGUGUUGAAAAUCUCAACCAAUAAUUUUACAGGGUCUAUCGAUGGGUGCUUUGAUGGUUGUCUAAAGUUGGAGUCUGUUGACAUUAGUGCAAAUAACUUUACUGGGCAGGUGUGGCCUGGUUUCUCAAGAUUGAAGAUGUUUGAUGUUGGGGAAAAUCUUUUUUCUGGGUCAAUUUUUCCCUGGUUUUUUGAGGGAAAUUGCAGCUUGGAGUCACUUGAUUUGUCAGAAAAUAAUUUUACUGGGGAUUUUCCUGGUGAAAUUUCCAACUGUAAAAAUUUGUCAGUUUUGAUUUUAGGUGGAAAUAAUUUCACUGGGAGUGUUCCUGAUACUCUUGGAUCGAUAUCGAACCUUAGUGUGUUGAUUCUUGGAGGGAAUAACUUCUCAAAACAGAUACCAGAAUCACUACUGGAGUGCAGAAAUCUGGUGUUUCUGGAUCUUAGCAAGAACAAUCUUGGGAGUGAGAUACCGCCGAUUCUUGGGAGAUUUACUCAGCUGCAAGUUCUGGUUUUGCAUAGGAAUUCUUUUAAUGCAGGGUUGAAUUCCUCUGGGAUUCUAAGAUUGCCUAAUCUUCAAAGACUAGACCUCAGCUACAAUAACUUUUCUGGUCCUCUUCCAGUUAAGAUUUCCAGUUUGGUUAAUUUGCAAUUUCUAGACUUUGCUUAUAACCAAUUUUCUGGUAAAAUUCCUGCUGAAUAUGGAAGUCUUAAUCAGCUUCUAGCCCUUGAUAUUUCCUUUAACAGGUUGACCGGUUCAAUUCCACCAAGUUUGGGGAAGUUAACUUCCCUCCUUUGGCUAAUGCUCGCGAAUAAUUCAUUAACGGGUGAAAUCCCACCUGAGUUGGGAAACUGCAGCAGCUUGUUGUGGUUGAAUUUAGCUAAUAACAAUCUGCGCGGGAGACUGCCGGCUGAAGUGACAAAUAUGGGGAGCAAUCCUAUGCCUACGUUUUUGGCCAACAGAAGAGGAAAACUUGUUCCUGGGUCAGGAGAAUGUUUGGCAAUGAGGAGAUGGAUACCUGAAAAUUACCCUCCUUUUAGCUUUGUGUAUAGUUUGCUUACCAGAAAGAGUUGCAGAAGUAUAUGGGAUAGGAUACUCAAAGGGUAUGGUCUAUUCCCAAUUUGCAACCCUGGUUCGAAAGUUCAAACACUUCAGAUUUCUGGUUAUCUUCAGCUAACCGGGAAUCAACUAUCUGGUGAAAUACCUCCUGAAAUUGGAAUGAUGAAGAAUUUUAGCAUGCUGCAUUUUGCUGAUAAUAACUUCUAUGGUGCUUUGCCCGCGGAAAUUGAAAAACUAUCCCUUGUUUUCCUAAAUGUAUCGAGGAACAAUUUCUCUGGUACAAUUCCCAUGCAAAUAGGAAACCUCAAGUGUUUGCAGGAUCUUGAUCUAUCCUUGAACAAUUUUUCAGGGAUCUUCCCAACGAGCCUGAAUGAAUUGGGUGAGUUAAACAAGUUCAAUGUUUCUUUCAAUCCACUGAUCUCUGGUGUUAUUCCAUCUACCGGGCAACUAUCAACAUUUGAGAAAGAUUGUUACCUCGGCAACCCUCUUUUAGUCCUUCCAUCUUUUAUCAAAAGCUCCACAAGGUCAUCCCCUAAAGCUGAAGCAUCCCACAGGAGAGUUGGAGUUGCAAAAGUGGCUACCUCUUUAGUGAUCACGAUAUUGGUGCUUGUCGCGUUAAUUUGUGGUGUAUUUUCAUUCCUACUCUUCAACUCAACUAAAAACCCAUCAGAGAACACAUCAGGGUAUCUGUUAAAAGAGAUCAAAUGGCGACAUGACUGUUCUUCUUGCUCGAGCAGCUCUUCAUCACCAUGGAUUUCAGAUGCCAUCAAAGUGAUUAGGCUGGAUAAAACAGCAUUUACACACUCUGAUAUCCUGAAAGCAACAGGAAAUUUCUCGGAAGAUAGAGUGAUUGGUAGAGGAGGAUAUGCAACGGUUUAUAAAGGAGUUCUCCCUGAUGGAAGAGUGGUAGCAGUGAAGAAGCUACAGAGAGGAGGAAUGGAAGGAGAACGAGAAUUCCGAGCAGAAAUGGAAGUCUUAACUCAGCAUGGAGUCAACUGGCCUCACCCAAACCUUGUCAAUCUUUAUGGGUGGUGCCUUGAUGGGGCUGAUAAACUGCUGGUGUAUGAGUUCAUGGAAGGUGGGACCUUAGAGGAUUUCAUCUCAGACAGAACAAGGCUAACAUGGAAAAACCGGGUUGAGAUUGCAAUCAAUGUAGCUCGUGCGUUAGUCUUCCUACACCAUGAAUGCUACCCUUCAAUAGUGCAUAGGGAUGUGAAAGCAAGCAAUGUAUUACUAGACAGAGAUGGAAAAGCUCGAGUCACAGAUUUCGGGCUAGCAAGGGUGGUUGAUGCAGGGGAGACACAUGUCACAACCACGGUAGCUGGUACAAUAGGAUAUGUUGCACCUGAAUAUAGCCAAACAUGGCAAGCUACAACCAAAGGUGAUGUUUAUAGCUUCGGGAUAUUAGCCAUGGAGCUUGCAACAGGUAGGAGGGCAGUCGAUGAUGGGGAGGAGUGUUUGUUAGAGUGGGCCAGAAGGGUUAUGGAGAAAAAUAAAGAGCUAGGACUCGGAAAUUCCGCGAUUCCAGGGAUCGUAGUAGGACCAGGGAAAAAUGAAGGAGCAUCAGAAAUGGGUGAACUGCUAGGCAUAGGAUCCAAAUGCACUGCAGAAGUACCUCAAGCGCGGCCUAAUAUGAAGGAAGUUUUGUCAAUGUUGCUUAAAAUUCUAGGUUAUCAAGGAGAUAUCUGUAAGGAUCUAGACCAUGUUUCUGUAGUUUGUAAUGUAUAGAAUAUUCAGUUUUUUAGUUUUUAGUUUUUAGUUUAGAGAAGUGUCCAUAAUUUUGAGGUUUUUGUUUCAUUUUUAGCAUCAGAAACACAUACAAUAGGUUAUACAUAGAAUGACUUGUAAUCAUUCUUCUUGUACACACCUCAUUCAUUGUUUCCAGUAAUAAUAAUACUAAAACUGGGAGGAUUACAUUUA